UAAACUGGGCAAAAAUGAGCUGCGAGGGCCCCCCGAACCUCCAUCCCUUCCAUACUCUGAGCAUGUACCCAGUCAUUUUCAAAUGGCCAUCGUGUACAUUGCACACAGCAGACUGUACAUUGCAUCUUCACUGUGUUUUGCUCAGAGCCACCGUAACCAAUCUGUACUCCUUUUCUGGAAUACUCCUGCCCCAGAUUUGCUACGUUACUCGCCUUAAACCGCGAUACAUGUCAAGUCAACCGAAGAGAGUCCGCACAGACAACAUGACCGUCCAAAAGAUCGGGACUCACAACGGCACCUUCCACUGUGACGAAGUCCUGGCGUGCUUCUUCCUCCGCCAGCUACCUGAGUACAAGGAUGCUGAGAUCGUUCGGACCAGGGACCCGGCAAAGCUGGCAGAGUGUGACAUUGUUGUAGAUGUGGGAGGAGAGUUUGACCCAAAGAGGCAUCGCUACGACCAUCAUCAGAGGACUUUUGGAGAGAGCUUCAACAGCCUGUGUCCACAAAAGCCAUGGGUGACCAAGCUCAGCUCAGCCGGCCUGGUCUACCUACACUUUGGCCGUCAGGUGCUGGCCCAGCUGACGCAGCUGAAGGAAGAUGACAGGCAGCUGGAGGUGCUCUAUGACAAGCUGUAUGAGAACUUUGUGGAGGAGGUGGAUGCUGUAGACAAUGGCAUUUCACAGUGUGACGGGGAGGCCCGCUACAGCAUCUCCACCACGCUGAGCGCACGUGUCGGUCACCUGAACCCACGCUGGAACAGCAAGAGUCAGGACACUGAGGAGGGUUUCAAGAAGGCUAUGGUGAUGGUAGGGGAGGAGUUCCUGGACCGUCUGGAUUUCUACAAGUCUUCCUGGUUGCCAGCCCGCACAGUCGUGGAGGAAGCUGUUAAAGAGAGGCAUAAGGCAGACCCCAGUGGGGAGGUGGUAUUGUUCUCCCAGGGCGGGUGUCCCUGGAAGGAGCAUCUGUUUGCCCUGGAGAAGGACCUCCACAUAGAGACUCCCAUCAAGUUUGUCCUUUACCCUGACCAGAAUGGACAGUGGAGGGUCCAGUGUGUCCCCGCGGGGCUCAACACCUUCCAGAACAGGCUGUCCCUGCCAGAACAGUGGCGCGGCGUUCGUGAUGAAGCGCUGUCGGAGCUCAGUGGGAUCAAGGGCUGCAUCUUCGUCCAUGCUGGAGGCUUUAUUGGUGGGAACAAGACCCAGGAAGGAGCCCUGGAGAUGGCCCGGAGGACCCUGCAGGCCGCUGCCCAGUCGCCUGCAAAUGGAAGCAGCUGACCGGUCAGAAAUGACCGCCAACAGCACAUUUUGUUUUCGGGGUCAGUCUUCAGAGAGAAUGGCAAAGAUUAAAAUGUUAGUUUGCUAGCUUGCAGCGUGUUCAUUUCAGCCAGGGCUAAUGUUGUUUUUUUCUGCCUUGCCAGGAUGGGAAUGGUAUGGAAAUGGCAGCCAAAUAACCUUGGACCAGAUCCCUAAAUACCUAUAUUCCAAAACACAGGCUCACUUUGAAUCUUAAUGUUGGACACAUUACUCUUCUUCUCUCUGACUGUACUUAUAAAUGUGUAAUUGUUUUGGUAUUCAUUUGCAAUAAAAAUACUGUUUGGAUUA